AUGAUUGGGGUCAUGAAGAGCAAAAACCAGAUGAUGAGAAGGAAAAGAGAGUGGGCUUGCUUAUUAGUAUUACUAUCUCUCCUUCUUCUUGUUUUACUACAGUUGGAGAGCAGUGCAUGUUUUGCAGAGGGGCAUAAUGGGAAAUCUGAAAGAUUCAGAAGUACAGUGUCCAGUUCUCAUCAUAAUCACAGGUCUCGAAAUGCAAGAGAAGAUUAUAACAAAGAUGAAGUUUUUGGUGUUGAGAAGAGAAAAGUGUACACUGGUCCAAAUCCUCUCCAUAAUAGAUGA